GCGGAAGUUGGUGAAGAGGGAAAUACAGUUUGUUGACGUCGUGUUGAGAAAAUGGAACUCUACACUUUUUGCGUGAAAAAGAAAAGUAUACAUUCGCGUUGCUGGGAAAGUUGACUUCGUGUUGUUCUUCAAGGGAUGUCUCUCGUACAAACUGAGGAAUGUCUCAAUCAGCGGUCCAAGUCCAGCAAACAGAGAUGCAGUUGUGGCUGGACAAAGUGGAGGCCUGGGGCCAGGCUGACAGUGCGGACGUUCAUAAAGAUACGUGCGCUCACCUGGGCACGCUGAGGGAUUUUCUCCAGCGACUCCUUGCGAGCGUCAGCGGCACGAGUUCCACAACAGAGACGAUGAAGAAGAUGCCUUCUCUUGGCCAAAUUCUGGGCCGCCUGUGCUGGAAUCCUGUUGUCACCGCUGAUGAUAAAAGCAGAGCGCUGAUCUUCCAGUGUCUGUGGGGGCUGUACUCCGAGCAACCAGCCAAUGCGUUGGAAAGAACGGCUAACAAGUGGAUGCAGAAACUAUUGUGUCAACUUAUCACCGAAGAGGGCCAAUCGCCAUCCAUUUCUUUGCUCAAGCAUUUGAACGUGUCGCCGACAGAGUACCAUCUCCAAGUCCUCAGAAAGGUGGUGGCACAGUUGCAGGAAAACAUCAGAAAAAGCUGCAGUUCUCUGGGAGACUUCAAUGAAAGGUGUUCAUGUGAUAGGAUUGCGGCUGCAAGCGAGGCUUGCAUUCCCCUGGUUGCUUUUUCCGAGAUUGCGCCUCUCAUUGCGGCUUUGCUCCAGCGGCCAUUCGUGUGCCCGCAAGCGGCUCUUGGUAGUGACUUCCUGGAUGCGCUGAGUUCCGCCUAUACCAGCGGUUCCUUGUCCCUGGAGGAGGGGGCUGUUGCGGCACUGUGGUACCAGAGCCUGUCCGGCCUGGAGGAGGCGGCGCUCGGUCUGCUGGAGUCCACCGUCCUCGAUGACGCGCCGCUGUCGCCGCAGCAGCUCGAGCGGCAAAUAGCGCAGUCGCUGCUGCCAAAGGCCUGCGCUCAGCACUGCUCCAUCUUCUUGGUGGUGAAUGACAUCUUCAGGUCCCUCCUUAAGAAACAAGAGAAUCACCCGCGUACUCGCGAUGUCAUCCACGUCUUUACCAGUUGCUUCUACAAGGAAGUCACGCUGGCAAAUGCACAGAUACCUUUGAAGGCCUUCUUCCCUCAGUCCCCUCAAAGUCUGCUGCUUCCGCUCUUGAGCCGCCCUCCAGAAGCGUCUUGGGAGGCUCGCAGGCAACACCUGAACUGGAUCACUGGCUCGUUACGAAGACUGACACAGGAGGAAGAGGAGGCGGCUGCCAGUGGCGGCGGGGGCGUCGGUGCCGUGUUCGAGGCCUGGUUCCUGCUGGUCCAAUGUUCCCACUGGACGCAGGAGGCCCUCCGGGUGGCGGCCAGCGCCGAACCCCGACACUGCGAGCCCUCGCUGUGGCUGCUGACGUUUUAUCACCACCCCACCAACAGGGGGCACUGUAGGGAUCAACGACUGGCGUGUGUGCAACAAGUCUGGGAGCAGCUGCGCCUCCUUCUGUCAGGUCCUCCUUCUCCUCGGCGCCCCGUUCCCGGGGAGCCGCUCGGCGAUCUGCUGGCCCUGGUCUCGCCGAGCGCCCGCCGGCCGUCGCCCGUUUUGAUCCUGGACCUCGCGGUCAACUGCGCCGUCUUCUCCCGCCGGCCGCAGAGUUUCUGCACGCACGUCGUGCGCACGGUGGCGACCGCGACCGGUCCGGUCAGUCUAGCGGCGCACGCUCUGAGCCGGCUGGAGGGGCGGCUCGGCGCGGGAAGCGGCGGCGGUGGCGCCCCCGACGCGACCUCUGUCAGGAUCCGUGAGCUUCAAAACGAGCUGGCCACCCCUACGCCGCCUCCGCCGCCGUCGCGAGACCUCACCGAUGCUGGACACGCGCACCACCCGCGCUCACCCAGUUAGCGGCCUCGGCGUCGGGAGUGCCGCAAACGUUCCGAGUGGUCGCCGCAAGUGCUCCGCCCUCACGCCGGCGCCUGUCAUCUUCUCAUCUGUUGUCAGCGACCUUGGAAAAAAACAGAAGGAAGGAAGGAAAGAAAGAAAGAAAGAGAGAGAGAAAGAGGGGCACACUAAGAAACUGGAGCUACAGGUCAAACUCAUACGACUUCUACAUACAGUAACCACCCCAGUGGACACGUUUUGCAGAAUAAAUACAUUCAAAAGUGCUAAGAGUCACACUGAUGGCAUUAUUGCAACUCACAAUAACAUUCAAAAUGAAAGGUCUCAGUCGUACUGACUAUUGGCAACCCAAUUUAAAAAAAAAAAAAAAAAUUGCCCUUUUUUUUGGUGAAUGCCCAUCAAACAAAGUAAAAAGUGUUUCAAACUGGCUGGAAAAAUGUAGAUUUUUGCCACUAGAAAUACUAAUAAUAAAAUAUAAAAUAUUUUGAAAAAUAAAAUAAUAUAGUCUGAUUUUUUUUUUAAAAUGUGAAGAAAAAUGACAGUGA